AAGAACAGAGGACCAAAUGAGUUGUCUCGGAUCUUUGGUGUCGGGAGGAAUGGACAAGAUCCUGAGAACAUCAAUUUUAAUUCUAUGGCUUCAACUAGGCUGGGUGAGCGGCCAAGAGAAGAGUGGCCAGGAGCAGGUGAAGCAGGGCCCUCCCUCUCUGAUAGUCCAGGAAGGAGCUUUUCCUACUCUGAACUGCACUUAUGAGAACACAGCGUUUGACUACUUCGUAUGGUACCGGCAAUACCCUGGUCAAGGCCCUGCAUUACUACUAGCCGUGUUCUCGGUUAAGCACACAAAGGAAGAUGGGAGAUUCACAGUUUUCGUCAGUGAAAGUGCCAAACAAUUUUCACUGCACAUCAUGGCUUCCCAGCCGGGAGACUCAGCCACCUACUUCUGUGCAGCAGCAAGUGCACAGUGCUCCCCAGGCACCUGCUGCCUGUACCCAAACCUGAAGCUGUGGCUCCAGCCAAGCCCUACUGUGCGGAGGAAGCAUUCACACGCAUGCGCAAAGUCUGAUUGGCCACAAAAAAUUCUCGAUACAUUCAAGAGGACUGGAAUGAUACAGAAUUUAUUUUCUGAUCAAAGUAAAAUGGAUUCUGAAGGUCAGCUGCAAAAAAAAAAAAAAUGUCUCUGGAAACUCUCAAGGAAGCCAAAGAUCAGUGAGCAUGUUUCACCUCAGAAUCAGGUACUACCUAACUUAGCUAUCAGGGAAAAACCAGUAGACAAAGUAAAGGCUUGGGGUGAGCCAGACUCUUAUCUGUGCAUGGACCAUGUGGUCAAUGAACAUCAGAAACCCUAUUUCCUGUUUGGGGGAGUAGCCUCAGACCCCAGGAACUAUGUGUCUGUGCUGCGAAGCACUCAGGCACUGCUCUCUGCUUAA